UCUUGUUCUUAGAAUUCAAUAGAAAAUUUUGUUUGUUUUGAGAAUAUAAUGGGGAAAAGUACUCGUCAUCCAAUGGACAAGGAGAUGAUGAACAAUUUGGUGAAGUAUGUAAUGGGGAAGCCAUUUCCUCGUAAACAUACUGUUAUGGAUGUCGAUGAUGUUUACGGAAUCGGAGUAUUCAGUCCAUCACAAAUCCUUGAAUCUACCAAGGGCACAAAUAACAACAUACGAUUGUUGAUCACUUUUCAGAAUAGAGAAAACUGUAAAGUAUUUGCUAGUAAAGAGGCCCCUGGGUUUUGGAAAUGUACACCCAAACGCAAGUCAAUUUUUGAUGCCAACAAGAGGCACAUUGGCAACAUCAAAAUUUCGUGGUACUACUACUACAACGUCGAUGAUGGUAGAGACAAAUCAUCAUCGAGAUUGAGACAGAGUGAAUGGCAGAUUAGAGAAUAUUAUCUCACAUCCAAAUAUCUGCCCCAAAGCAAAGUUGAGAGGAAAAAUGUCUUAUUAACCAUGAUGAUCAAGACCAAAGCUGUUGCUAAUAAUGAUAAUAAUAAUGACGAGAAGAUGCAGAGGAUUAUUCUUGACAAGCAGGAGAUUAUGCAAUCUUUACAAUGCCUUAAACUUUAGUGAUUGAACAACAGAUUAGAGCCAGUUUCCUUUUUAGUUUAUGUUAAAAAAC